AUGUCUUCGCCGGCUACCAACCAAUCUUACAGCUACGGCCACAGCAACAACUCCAGUGGUUCGACUUACACGGGCGGCCAGGGCACUUCUAGCGGCACCACUCUUAGCCAGUGGGCUAGCACCCCAGACCAAACCGAACGUUUCUAUGCCACGGGUCAAAGGACCAACCGGGGCAUCAUACAAGCAAUCGACAAGACCCUUGCGUUUGAUAGGGCUUUCAGCGGAAGAACUUGA